AUGGCAGCGAGUAGGGAAGAAUAUGUUCCUAAGAAAGGCACGGUGUCAUCCGUCAUUUGGAAUUGGUUCGCGUUCGAAAGGUCAGAUUUAGAGCAGACAACACCCCGCUGCAAAGUCUGUUUGAAGUCUGUUGCUAGCAAAGGCAGCAGUACGACAAAUUUACUGCAGCACCUCAGGCAAAAACAUCCCGGCGAAUGGGAGAAAUGUUGCGCGCAGCGGAAUGAGAGAGACCGCGGCACCACAAGCACCACACGCACAGCUAGUAAAAUACAGACAACCCUCACACAAACCUUUGCCAACUGCAUCCCAUAUGAGAAGAAUUCGCCCCGCUGGAAAGCCAUUACUGAUGCGAUUGCUAUGUAUAUAGCAAAGGAUAUGGUGCCGAUGUAUACAGUGGAAAAGCCAGGCUUCAUUAAUAUGCAAAAAGUUUUGGACCCCAAAUAUGUGCUACCAAGCCGAAAAUAUUUCUCCGACGUUGCCUUGCCCCAACUAUACAAUAGCACGAGAGAACGGAUUGCAAAGGAGUUGGAAGAGGUGUCCUUUUAUUCUGCCACCACAGAUUUAUGGUCAAGUCGGACGAUGCAACCAUACAUGAGUCUUACUGUGCACUUUAUCAACAACUAUUGGACUCUGCGAAGCGUCUGCCUUCAAACUGCAUACUUUCCAGAGGACCACACAGGUGAAAUAAUAGCCCAGGGGCUAAGAGAUGCCCUAAACUCAUGGAACCUUGCCGAAGACCGACUCAUUUGCAUGACUACUGAUAGCGGCAGCAACAUGAUCAGAGCUCUGAAGGACAAUGCGUGGCCCAACCUCCAGUGCUUUGGACACAGAUUGCACAAUGCUAUCGAGAAUGGUGUGAAGGACCCACGCAUAGUCCGUGCUAUCGGGGUAUGCAAAAAGGCUGUCUCUGCCUUUUCUUACAGCUGGAAGAAAAGAAGAGACAUGACUGAAGUACAGGCAGAGCUUGGUCUACCCAAUCAUCAGCUGAUAACGGAGUCCCCGACCAGAUGGGGUUCACGCCAAAGGAUGAUAGAGAGAUUUCUCGAACAAGAGAAGGCUCUAGUCCGUGUCCUGGGUUCGGACAAGAAAAGUCGCCAUCUUGUGCCCACUUGGCAAGAUCUGGAUGUGUUGGAGUCGACAAAUAAAGCAGUAAAAUCCCUCCAAGAAUUCACUGAUGCACUCUCCGGGGAGUCUUAUGUCAGUGUUUCCUACAUUAAACCAGUGCUCCAUCUGUUCAAAACCAGUCUCCUACAGCCAGAGGAGGAAGACACAGAGCUCACGAAAACAAUAAAAGGAAAUAUCAUGCAGUACCUUGAGGAAAAAUACAGCGACCCUGUAAAAGAUGAAAUUUUGGACAUGUGCUCACUGCUUGACCCAAGGUUUCGCACAACCUACAUUGACCCAGACAAUGUGGAACAGGUCAAAAAAAGAGCUGUUGCUGAGCUGAUGUCUCCUGCCAACAACAGUACACCACAGCAGCCUUGCACGGCUGUACAGGUGCGCCAAGAAGAUGCACAGCCUCAACCCAAGAAGAAGAUGACUUUAGCAGCCUUCUUCAAAAAGAAUGCAGUGUCAUCUCCCAACCAGUCAGAGGAAGAAAAGAUAGAGACUGAGCUGAAAUCCUACUUAUUGACCCCUGACGUAGACCCAGACACCAAUCCUCUUGAGUGGUGGAAGCGCCACCAACCUAAUUUUCCUAGAAUAAGUGUCCUGGCAAAAAAAUACCUCUCAAUCCCAGCAACAAAAACGCGCGGCGCAUUUUUGAAUCAAGCGGUCAAGGUGACAGCGGUGGGCCGGCGGAGGACUGGAUAUGCAGAGGUGUGCGGAGCGUGCGGAUUCCACAGUGAUCCACUAGACUGA